GCGGUGACUGUACAACGAAGCUAGACAUCUAUCGUUACACUUCUUUAACGACCACCGUAGCCCUGGCAGGUAUAAUAACAUGACAGUCAAGGCAGAGCAAGAUCUCUAUCUUGACCCCUCCAUUCGGGAUUGGGUCCUUAUCCCUAUCACCCUAAUCAUGCUACUCGUCGGUGUGUUAAGACACUACAUCACGCAAUUCCUUAACUCUGCACCAAAAAAACAAACAGCAGCUGCCGUUCGCGAACAACGCGCACUUGGUCGCUCAGCUCUGCUUCGGGCAACUGCGACUCUGUCCCCCCUUCCGCCUGCCUCUUACAAGGCUCUCUCGGGAUCCCUUGCUGCUUCACUUUCUACUGGUGAGUAUAUCAAGCCCGCCCCAGAGUCAAAGGGGGAUGCUUCUCCCGCCAAUCCUCUCGAAGGUGCUGGGAUGGAAAAUGCGAUGGACGGUAUGAAAAAGCAGGCCGUAAUGAUGGUACCCAACAUGGUUAUCAUGCAGUAUAUCAACGUCUUUUUUUCCGGAUUUAUCCUUAUGCGUCUGCCAUUUCCUUUAACCGCAGGCUUUAAGUCGUUGCUGUCAAGGGAUAUUCCCAUGGCUGAUCUCGAUGUGCGAUGGGUUUCCGCUUUGUCCUGGUAUUUUCUCAACUUGUUUGGCUUGAACGGUGUUUUCAAACUAAUUCUUGGAGCUGAGAAUGCUGCUGUAGACAGCCGUGACCUCACCUCGCUGUCUGCACUUUCUGGGGCAGGAGGCCCUAUGCCCGGCCCCGGCGGUCCACCAGACAUGGUCAAGCUUUUCAAGGCCGAGGUUGAGAACUUGGCAUUGGCAGAAAGUUCAUACAAGUGGGUCGGCGACGGAGUAGAAGAUAGAGUUUUGAGAGCUUGGGGCAAAGUUUAACCGCCAAUUUCGGAUAAUGCAAUCAUCCUUGUCACGCAUGGCCGGACCUUGAUUGGUUAAGGAGAGCCAGCUGCUGGUUGCAAAUGUGGACUGAUCUUGAGGCGUGCCAUGUCAUAAUAAGCCUCGGCACUGUUAGAUGGCAAGACGAACAGCACAUAUUUGAAGAACGAUGAACCAAAGCUUUUGGAAGUGAAAAAGAAAAAAAGAAAGAAAAAGCCCACAGGAAGGAGCGAGGAGACAGUAGACAGAAUGAUAGGAGUAUCGGCACCGCAAGAUUAGAGAGUAGAAUAAAACUACACACAAGCACGAUGACAUGAGCCUGAGAAAGGUUACACGCCACCGCAUAGGAAGCUCAACAAGACGCUAGGUAAUUUAAAAUAUUCAAAAUCUUAACAAUAAAAUAUACGUGGUAAGACGUGAAUCCUUCCUCUGCUAUUACUCGUACUACUCUACUCUCUAACGCCUGUUGUGAAUCUGUGGAAUGGACGUCUCAAAUUAUAUUAACGCACACUUGCAUGCUGCUCUCUGCAGUAUGAUGCCUAUAAUUCUGAUACUGAUAUCUAUGUAAGUCGCAG